UUGGAAUUGAGACAGGAGUGUCGAUAGCUGCACACGAAAACAGCAUGGACGGUGCACGGUAACGUAACUCAGUUACAGAGAUAACGCAAGCGACUUUUGCGUGUUUGGAUGUCGACUGCUGCGGUUUGUUUGAACUCAGAAUGCGUAGUUUGCGUGACUGGACGUCAGUUGCGUGAAGCAGCGCUCGUGACGCUGACUAGCCGCCUGUUGGCUAAGUUGCUACAGGGUUUGUGUUGAGUUAACGUUAGCUGGCUAACCUCAAGGGGAGUGGUUGUCAAAGUGUCACCAGUUUAUUAAAAAAAAGAAAAGAAAAGUCCUGCACCUCGGUUUGGGAACAGAACAGGUGCAAAACAGAGGAAAAGCUGUUUAUUUAAUCAGAAAGUUGUUCAGCAAGUGUAUGUGUGCAGCCUGCAAACCCCCCUGAGUGCUGGCGAGUGUGUAUAGCGGGCUGGCAUGGGGAAUGGAGUACAGGAACAUGGGGGGGCACUCACACAGGGUGAGGUGCUUCCACGGCCCUCCUCCAGCCAAUCAGAGGGUUUUAAGCAGGGCCGGUCUGUGCUGAACUCAUUGCUCUCUGGAGCCUUUGCAGGAGCUGUGGCGAAAACAGCUGUAGCUCCAUUGGACAGGACCAAGAUCAUGUUCCAAGUGUCUUCAAACAGAUUUUCUGCCAAGGAGGCGUACCGGUUGAUUUAUCGCACCUAUCUGAAGGAAGGUUUCCUGAGCUUAUGGAGAGGCAACUCAGCCACCAUGGUGAGGGUCAUCCCCUACGCUGCCAUCCAGUUUUGUGCCCACGAACAAUACAAGAGGCUUCUAGGAGGCUAUUAUGGCUUUCAGGGCAGUGCUCUGCCUCCUGUGCCGAGACUCCUGGCUGGCUCACUGGCAGGCACCACAGCCGCCAUGCUCACAUACCCGCUUGACAUGGUGCGCGCCCGCAUGGCAGUCACGCCCAAAGAAAUGUACAGUAAUAUAAUGCAUGUGUUUGUGAGGAUCUCGCGUGAGGAAGGACUGAAGACCCUCUACAGGGGAUUUACUCCAACAAUACUGGGUGUGGUUCCUUACGCAGGCCUCAGCUUCUUCACUUAUGAGACGCUUAAGAAACUCCAUGCAGAGGAGACAGGACGAGCUCAGCCCUACUCGUAUGAGCGGCUGGCGUUUGGUGCAUGCGCCGGCCUCAUCGGUCAGUCAGCUUCAUACCCGCUGGAUGUGGUGCGACGGCGCAUGCAGACGGCAGGUGUGACGGGCCACACGUACAGCACCAUCAUGGGCACUAUGCGGGAGAUCGUGUCAGAGGAGGGUGUCAUCCGCGGCCUGUACAAAGGCCUGAGCAUGAACUGGGUCAAAGGGCCUAUUGCUGUUGGCAUCAGCUUCAUGACCUUUGACCUCACCCAAAUCCUGCUGCGCAAGGUGGGUGCACGAUAGCCCAUCACAUUGGGGAAGACUUUUUAGGGGCAACACUAUAACCAAGAUGUCUGCCUGUAUCCCUAUAUCUGAGGUGGCUUGGAAAGGAAAAAACAGGGUCUUCUUGCUGCUCGUGUCAGACCCAGAGAGGAGGAAGAGUGGAAACCAGCGCACAUGCUGCCAGAGAAAACAGGAAGUUUAUCAACUGACACACGAGCACAGAGAUGGGACUUUUGUAGAAGUCUGUGGUUCCACAUUUUGUAGGAAUGUGAAGUGACAUUUUAGUGAUUUUUGUUUUCUGAGUUGGAGAAUCUCUUGGUACACACUAUGUGUGUGUGAGUGUGUGUGUGAAAUAGAGAAAUAGAGUUACAGACAGAUUCAGAAUGAAUGUAUGUCCUGUAUGAUCUCUCCUUUAUACUGCCGUCUCACAAGUGUCCAAGUCCGGCAACCUCCAGGAUGUCCUGUAAAAGUGCAAUAUGUUCAUGCUAGAGCUGGGUGAUAUUCAAAUUCUUACAUCAAUGUUAUGUGUAUGACAUGCAUACAUACACGUUUAUGAAAAAUUCAUAUUUUCUACAGUGUCAUUCAGUUAAACCCUCUUGGUUGCCAGCAGCCAAUCAGGGGAUAGAAAUGAUAGGAGUAAGAUCUUGAUUGGUUAAGUAUGUUAAGUAACCAAUAAAUAAUAGAGAUGAAGUGGGGCUUAGGGUUUAGGUCUUAAAUGGCUUUUUGUGUAGUUUUUUAAAAAUGAAUUGAAAAAGGCAAGCAGGUAAGGUAAGCACUUACCAGGAGAAAAAAACCCAUCAUAUAUUCAUAUAUCGCUCAGCUCUGCUUCAUGCUUGAACAUGAAACACUCUUUCUAUAUUUUUAUAGAUACUUUCUGUAUCUAUAUUAUCUCUCUUCUGUAUUUCUGUAUCCCUGAAAUUCUUUUUCCCGCCCCUCUGCCUUGUGAUGUCUGAUUCGUCAGAGCUGCCUUGAACAGAAACUAGCACAUUUGUUCAUCAGUGAUGAUAUAAACCUGAAAGAGCAUUUAUUUAGUUUCCGCCGUAUGAAUUUGAGAUGAUCUCUUAGUAGUGAACCUAUAAAUUUUUAUAGAGAAACAGCAAUAAGGAUGUAAUGGAGCAGAACGGAGAGGUGUUAUGGGGAAGUUUCGAGCGUCUCGCUUCUCUUACUCACUGUUGAUGAAUGGUGUCCGCUGCUUCUAUCUUUAUCCUGUGCAGUAUGUGAGUAUGUGGAGCCACUCACACCACAGAGGGCUGAGAGCAGGUGUGUGUGUGUGUGUGUGUGUGUGUGUGUGUGUGAGAGAGAGAGAGAGAGGGAGGGACACAGAGAGAGCUGACCAGCUGUGGGCAGUAACAUGCAGGUUGGCUCUUAUUGAGAGCACUGUGUGUGUGGUGUUGUUUCUCUAUUGUCCUAAACAUCUCUGUGCUUUAGUAGGUAUGCCAUGGUGCAUAUUAAGACGAGUGUGUUUGUGUUGGUUGUGUAAAUGAUGUGGAUGAGGAUAUACCAAGUGCCUACAGAGAGAGUAGACAGAUGUACUAUAACUGAAACACACUAUCAGAAAAAAGGGACCUUUCUCUGUCGCAUAUCUUGUGUACCUUUAUUAUGGAUCUUUCACCUGGAAAAGUGGAUAUAGUGUAGCUUUAAAAAUGAUUUAAGGUACACAACUUGAUAUAGUUAGAGUAAAACUUGAAAGUGCACUACACGCACCUUUCUAGACAUGUGUAAAAGAUACAUAGUAAUGGUAAAAAGUGUGCAUUCUUUAGGGUACCACCCCAGAGACAAGGAAUAGUACAGUUGAGUACCCUUGUUUCUGAUGCUUCAUGCAGUUAUACGUGUCCUAUAUCUUAAUGCCAAGUGACCAUGCGUGAUAAAAGUGCAAUAGGUAAGAGGUCAUUCUCAGUAAACUGCAUGAUUUAUUAUCAUCCACGUUUUAGCAGUUUGGUGUUCUGAUGAAUCAUCUUCCAAGUAAUCUUUGGGUAUUUGAUAACUCCUGAGGAAAGAUAAAGGAAUACUCCAGUGUUUUGCAGUGUCUGUAGUGUACGUGUGAUUACCAUGAACUGGAAUUUCAACACCUUUAUCUGAAAAAAGAACAAAACCCUGUUUUCCAAUAUCAUUUCUAUUCAAAGAACAGUUCAUACAAAACACUUUAAUCAUUUCUUCAGUGAGAUAUAUUUUUAAGUGAAGACCUUAGUCUUACUCGGUAUGAUUAGUGCUUUCAGAUGGGACUGCUUUUUCAUUUCUCAUUAUGUAGAUGUGAUGGUGCUGUGUGUAACAGAAAAAUGACGUUUCAUCGUUCUGUAUGUUUAGAUAACGCUUCACAGGAACAGCUUUUGGUAACAUGUUCUGUCAUGUCUUCAUCAUCUUAACACAGUUAUUGUUAAAGUGUAACAGUUGUGUUGAAUUUGUGUUGUACACUUGCAUUACAAGUGAGUUUUGACCGAACAGUUUUACUGUUCUUUUUUUUGUAAAGGAAGAUGUGUUAGAUUUCUGUUCUGUGGUAGAGAUGCAUCGAUUCCAAUAACAUGCUCAGUUCCUCGUCCUUGUAAAAAUGCUCCGAUACCCACAUCUGAUGUGAGCCUAGUGUACAUUGUCGCACUAAUGAACAGAGAACACGAAUUGACAGCAAUAUGAAUGUAAUUCGUGAUUAAUGACGGCAAUGUAAAGCAGACUGUAAACUGUUCUCUGCAAAAACUGUCAGGAGGACACACUACAGUGUCUUCCUACAAUACAAGUAACCUGAUAAAGCAUCUUUAGUAGAGAGAGAGUGAGGCCGGCCGCACUGAGCACGCACAGCGUUAUCAGCAAACGAAAGGUGCUGUGAAUUGCACACACACACAAAUCUAUUGGCAAGCCUGGAGCAGGCGAAGUGAGUGAACAGCGAAACUGUGGUGUGUGUGAGAGAGCACUUCUGUUCAGCGAGCACUGAGCACUUACAACACUCAUGCUUUGGGUCUACACUUCACUCGCUCAUUUUUAAUGACCAUGCUCGCUGAUACAGGUCUUCACACUCAGGUUACACUCUCUAUUAAAGAUACUGGUUAUAUUUCAUAAAAUUUUAACAUAAGACUCAGCACAUGGAGCUCACAGCAGCAAAUAACAUAAAGACAGCUAAAUAAAAUAUUCCAUAAUGCCAUGAAGUAGGUUCCUCAUUUCAGUAUCAGGGUACUCUUACUCAGUCUUUAAAAAAAUGGCAUUGAUGCAUCUCUAGCCUGUGGUAACUGCACAUUUGCUGCAAAUGCAAUGAAUAUAGACUGUCUUUAAAAACAGUGAAGUAUUCCUUUAAUAUUAUUGACUAUCGUCAAAGCUUUCUGAUGGAGUGACCUGUAAAGUGUUAAUACCUGCAUUUACUUCCUAAAGUCUGACAGUUAGACGUUCUGCGCUGUUAUUCAGUGGUGUUGAGUGUUGAUGAAACGGUGUAAUCGGACUAUGUGCUGUAUGAGCCGUGACCAUUUUUUUAUUCGCACAAAUAAUGUCAAACAAGGUCAGAUGAAAUUUUAAAAAGCGAACAAAAUGACAACACUGUUUUCAAAAUCUGGUUAUGUUCUCUCUCUUUUUUUGUUUUUGUUUUAAAAUCUCGUUACUUCAGCGUAAGAGUUUACUAACAGACAAUCAUUUGAUGCCAAAGUAUAGUUUGUGUGAAUUUGUUUUAUUUAGCAUUUUCUGUUUUUUUUAGCUUGCAACUCAGUGAGGCCUAGAAACAUUGACAGUGUUUGAAAAUGGUCAUUAUAUUAUCAAAACUAAUUAACCACAUGGUUUCCUUACACAUAGCAGGUACUCGAAACUCAAAUGUCUUGUUAAAUUUGAACUAACUGGACUAGAAUAUGUAACUUACAAGCUUUAAAUGAAAUAUAACCUUGCCUCAGUGUAGAAUAAACUCACUCGAUGAUAUUCAUCAGUGCGAUGAAAGUUUUACUGUGUCAAGUGUCAGUGAUUUUUGUCAAUGCAAAAUGGUUUAAUCUCUUUAAAAUGGCUCAUUUUGUGGCAUCUAACCUCAAUUUUUGUAAAGAUUUUAGUGUAUUGUGCCAAUGAAUGUACAUUAAACUAAUAAGAUCAGUCA